AUGGAGCGGGGGGCCUCUUCGCGGCGCGACUUUGCGUCUCCGCUGCGGCCAGGAGGUACGCGCGGCUUCCUCUUUUCCGAUAGAGGCACCACCGACGUCUCGCCCGCCAUGCCCCCCGCCCUCGACAUGCAGAGCGGCCGCGCGCCCUCUGCCUCGCUCUCUCGAGGCUGGGAGCGCGAGCGAGACUCCAGUGCCGUAGGGAAAGAAGACCUCUACGUGCGCGCGACUGCGAGGCCGGGGCGAGUCCGCGCGAGGGAAGAAGACGAAGCGAGCGGCUCGCGGUCUUCAGGAGGCCGCGCACCGGAUGCGUCGCCGCGGGGAGGCGAGCUGAGCGGCAGGUCGUUUCACCUCGAGAACCAAAGGCUUCUUUCGGUGGAAACCCCGCACGCUUCUUCUUCCUCGCGUCAGCCUCCGUCUCUGUUUGCGUCGCCGGAAGUUUACAGCCAACUCGAGCGGGCGAUCGGCGCGCCCGCCGCCGCUGCCCCCCCAGCUGCGUCGCUCUCUCGCCUCGAGGCUUCGCGCUACCCCCGCGCCUUCUCAGGAUCUGCGGCCGCAGCCUCAGCUUGCUCGGCUUCCGCAGCUGCGAAGGCCGAGAGGACGCGUGCGGCGGAGACUCGCCGCGGCGUCGCGUCUGAGGCCGCCUCAGCGGCGCGCCCUUCCUCGGUAGUGUCUUCUCUCUCUCGGCAUCCAGACGCGCGGCCAGCGGCCCACUCGCUCUCGAGGCACAGUCGCUCUCCGAAGGCGCGCAGCGAUCGCCAGCCGGCAGAGGGCGACACGUUUCCGUCGCGCGCUUGGCCAGGCUGGAGGUCUUUUCCGCGCGGCUGCGAGGAGGCGCGGUCCUCUGCCGCGCUGCUGCAUGCGGACGCGUCUCCCUCGCUCUCGCGCAUCCCCGUCGCGCCGUCCGCGCGAUGCCGCGCGCGGAGCUUCGCCUCCUCGAGACCGCACGACGCGGAUACCGGCGCUGCCAAGAAAACCGCGGCGGAGCUCGGGGCCCGACGCGGCUCGCCACGCGCGGAGAGCUGCGGCGGAGAGGAAGCGACGCCCGACGCUCGCUCCACCUCCUCGCGGCGCGGCGUCUACGUACAGCCCGCGACGCAGAUCCCCUUGCCGGGGCUUUCGCUGCAGCGCGGGCGCCUCGCGGAUAGCGCUGAGGCUUCGAGAGCGGCGCAACCGUCGCUUCCAGCGCGCGAGACCGCGGCGUGCGUCGGCAGCAGCCGUUCAGAGGAGCGCAGCAGCGGCUUGGUGACCGGCGCAGGGCUCGCGAAGGGGGGGCAGGAGGCGCGCACGCGAGACGGGCGCGGCGUCGCGUCCAGCGUCGGUCUCUCUCCGGCGCAGACGUCUGCGAGCUCGGCGGACGGCGGAGGUUUCAGCUGCCGCCUCCUCGACGGAGAGCGCAGCGAGAUGAGCAGCAGCACGCGGGCGAGCAGCCGAAGCGGCAGGCGGCCCCUUGGCCGCGACUCGCAGCAGCCCCGCAGCGUCCACACACUGGACCGCUUCCUUCCCGCGCUCGCCUCCCCCUCUGCGCUGAGCCUCGCUUGCCUGGGCAAGCCGUGCGUGGAAACCGAGCGAGACGCGAGGGGCACUUUCGCAGAGACGAAGCCGGCGAGCUUCCUCACUUUGCGCUCGGCCUCGAUCGCGCCUUCCUCCUCUUCGAGUCUGCGCGCAGAGGCGCCCGGCGCGGGCUCGCGCCGUCUCGAUCGCAGCGCCGGCGAGCCGCAGAUCGGGCACGCAGCCGAGCCCCGGGCCUACGCCCCCUCCUCGGUCUCCAUUUCGUCGUUCUCUUCCCCCUCCUCGGCGUCCUUUGCGACCUCCGCGACUUCCGCGCUAGCCAGGGACGACAGACGGCGGCGAGGCGAAGGCAGUCGAGAUGCUGCUUCAACAAGCAGUCGCGCGGCGUGGAGCGACGGCGGGGAAGAAGACACCGCGGGCGACAGGGGCGCUCGGUUUGCGCAUUCUUCUCUUGCGCUCUCCUCGCAUCGUCUCCUUCCGCCGACGCGGGGGGAUGCAGCCGCCUCUCAGCACGCCACUGCAUCUCAGGAGCGCGGCUUUUCAGCGCAGCGGCCGCUCGCCUUCUUUUCGCAUUACGACGCGGCGUCGCAGAGGUCUGUUGGCGAGGGGGCGAAGUUCCUGGCGAAGCUCCAGCAGUUCGCGGAGGAUGUGAGCGUUUUGCGCGAGGAGUUUGUCGCGCCUUGCUCGGUUGAGGCCUCGCCUUUCUUCUCGCCCGCGCGUGUGCCGCGAGAGCGCAGCGAGGCGACGGACUCUUCGGGAGCGAAAUUCGUCUUUGCAAGCGAGCGCUCGUCCUUCGAGACAGCGAGGAAGCCGCGCGCUCUCGACUUCGAGGUGAGACACGCCCCAGAUGCAGCCGGCGAGCGUCUCCCCUUGGCGGGCGGCGCGGUGGCAGGUGUCGGCUCAGCGGAGAAGUCGUCGGGGCAUCUUCUCUCUUUCUCGCACGCCGCUCGCCUUCCUCUGUCCUGCGCUUCGUUGUCGCUCCUCUCCGCCUCGGGAUCUGCGUCAGGCGAGGGGGGCUGCCGACCGGCAAAGCGCGGCGAAAGUCCCAGCAAAGACCUCGGAUGUCCGACGGGGAAGAGCUCGCUGCAGCGAAGGGGCUUGAGCAAGGGACUUUCGCGCUCGCUCUCGCCCGGGGGCGGAGGCAUUGUUUCUCCCGUCCGGCGUCCCCCGUCCCCGCGUGCGACUCCUGACGCGAAAAAAAUCGCGUCUCCGCCUCGCCCCGUUGCCGCCGCUCUCGCCUCCGCGUCCUCCGCGGCCGCCGGCGUUACCUCGACGCACACGCGGGGAGCGGGCGGAGAGGGAAGUCCCUUUUUAUCGAGCCGCGCCCAGCCUCUCUCGUCGCAGCUGGCGGGCGACCGCGUCUCGCUGGAGAGCGUCGCGCCUCGAGACGAGAAGGUCGCGACCGGGCCGCCAGCGGGCAGAGCGAGCGAGACAGAACGAGGGCGACCGCCGCAGUCGGAGGCGGAAGCGAAAGGGCGGUACAACGACGUGCUGUCGUCUUCGCUGUGCGUCCGCCGCACAGGGAAGCGCGGCAGAGAGAGCGCCUUCGGCGGCCUCCACGCUUCCAUCGGGCCUGCAUUGUAUGAAGCGACCGUGAGCCGACACGAGGUCCCUCUCCGCGCGUCGCCGCCGUCGCUCUCCGGACUGGAUGGCAAGGAGGAAGCGCACGCCGACGCGCGGGACGCCUUACAGUCGGAGAACCGGGAGACGGGGGCGACGGCGCGAGAUCACGCGGAAGAGAGCUCGGGGUUCGACCGCGCGUCUCUCCCUGCUGCGCGCCUCGCUGACAAAAUUUACACAGAAAACACGCCCUUUGCGGAUGUGUCUAGCGGCGGAGACCGCGAAGGCCACGAUGAAAGGAGCGUCUUCUUUGAGGGUAGAGAUUGCGCGACAGGCCACGCAGCCUGUGACGAAGUCCAGUCGGAUGACGGCGGAGGAGCGCUUGCAGGCAACGCUGCACAGGCCAUUCAGGCCUCGUCUCUCUCGUUUUCUUUCUCCUCUGUUGUGUCCGCUCCCCAAGACGAGCGCCCAGAGGCGGGUGCGAGCGACCUUCACGUCGCUGCGAGUCUUCCGGUGACUCGCGGGGCGUCUCCACGUUCUGCCUGCUCUGCCUCGUCCUCGCGGCCGCCGCGAAGCGCCACCGUGCGUGGCGCGGCGGGCUGGAGCGCCUCUGUCUCGGCUUCGCCGCCGGAGCCUCCGCAGGCGACGCCGGCGGAUGCCGCUCAGCUCGGCGCGCUGCCACCCUCGCAGUUCUCGUCCGCCGACUGCCUCGCCUCUUCGUCGCUCCGCGUCUGCGUCCUGGAUUCGAACCCGGGGCGCCGGCGAAGCGGAGAAGGCGCCUCGACUUCUCUCCCUGUCAGCGAGAGCCUGCCGCCUCCGCAGGGGCCGUCGGCGGAUGCGGCGUCGCGCGGGGAGCAGGCUGCGGCGUUCGGCGGAGACGCGGCCGCUGCUCAUCACUCGCCUGAGGAAGAAAACCGCCUCGGUGCGUCGGUGGCCUCCCGCGGAGAGGGAGAGGCCGCUGGAGCCCGGGCGCCGCGGAGUCCUGAACGGGGUAUGCGGCACUUUGUCGAGCUGGAGAGCGACGAAGACGAGGCCAGCGAGGACGAAGAAGCGGGCAUUCUGUCAACGGGCAUGUCUGCGUUGUCGGGCGUCUGCUCGCGUCUUUUUUCCUCCCUGCGCCCGGCAGCGUCAGGCGCCCGCGAGGGGACUGCGUCGCCUGCGGGGGCGGACGACCUCGCCGCGUCAGCACGCUCUUCAGCCUCGUCGGGUCAGAGUUCGUCUUCUCUACCCCGCGACGCCUCGGCAGGAGGCGAGUCCUGCGCUUCAGACUCGCGCGCCGAAGGCGCUUCCGCCGGAGGGGACGAAGUGUCUCCCCGCGGUCGCUCGGCCUCCGCUUCAGAGAGGAGGUGUGGCGGGCUGCGAGAAGGAGACAACUUCGACGCGAAGCACGUCCGCAGCCUCUGCGCGUUCCUGCAUCUGGUGCGGCGCCGACAGCUCGCGAAGGAGAGCGUGAAGCCAGAGAGCGCCCUGGAGGCGCUCCUGACGCUCGUCUCUCUCGUGCUUCCGCUGCCUCGCCGCGCGUGCGUCUGCCAAGUGUGCAGCGGCGAGGCGCGCGCGCGCGGAGCGGGCGCGCCGGUGUGCCGCAAGGACGAGAUUCUUCUCUUUCUGCUGCGCUGCAUCUUCAGAGACGAGCUGGCGAUCAGCCUCGCGGACGAGGAGGACGCUGGAGGGCGCGCACAGGGCGGAUGGGGCGAGGGGCUCGAGGGCGACCCGUGGCUGAGGCUCGUCGUGGCCCCGCGACGGGCGCGCGGCGGCCAUGCAGGCUCCGCCGAUGAAGCAGGACGCGGCGACGGGCGAGGAGCCGCGCUGCGAGUCGAAGCGAGCCGGCAGUCGCGCCCUCGCGCCUCCGCUUUCGGCCUAAAAUUCGCGCGAGACGACUCCGAGGAGGCCGCAGAAGACCGAGGUCCGCGCUGCGCGCCGCGCGACUGCGGGCUCAUUGCGUGGGCGGUCGCGACGCUGCAGACGCCUGGCUGCAGCUGCGGCAGCUGCGGCAGCGAGGAAGAGUCGGCGACCUCUCCGCGCUGCGCUUCGCCUCGCGUCCGCAACUCGACAGACGCCGGCUGCGCCCACGUGGACUUCUCCUCGCUGCUGCAGUGGCUGGCUCACGAGCUGCGGCGCGCGGACACUGCGGGGAUCCAGUCGUCAGACGUCGCACGAGUCAUUUUCGCGUGCUCCUUAGGCUCGACAAAGCGCCGCGAGGGGGGCGGCGUUUCGUCUCUGCUCUCCGACGCGGACUGCCGCGAGCUGCUGCCGAGCGCGUCCGGGCUCUCGACGUGGUUCGCCGGCGAAAGGCCUCUGCAGCCGACGCCGUUGAUGGAGCGGCGCCUGGAAGGGGAGGGGGAGGAGGGGGGGGGGGGCAGGGGGCCCCAGGCGCCCGACGCACUCUUCGGCUUGCUGCUGGCGACGACGGCGCGGCUUACGAGCUUCAACGCCUCGGCCGCCUGGCGGUCGUUCUCACUGUGCAGCUCGGUCUUCCUCAAGGCUGCCGCGUCUCAGCUGCGCCGUUGCAGGCAGCCAGUGGCGUGUCUGGCCGCGUGGCUCGCCGCGGCGGCGGGCGCCAAGCUCGACUGCCGCGACCAUCCCUCGCUCUUUGCGCUGCCCUUCCUCCUCGCGGCGGGCGGCGGGCGCGAGGCAGAGAUCCGCGAACUGCCGCCGCGCGCGCCGAGCUGCUUGGUGCUGGAGGAACUUCACGCAGAGGAGGGCGCGAUUCUGCGCGAGGCGCAGGCCUGCUGGGUGAGGCUUCAGGCGCUGGACGAGGCCGAAGACGCCCUCGCCCGACAGGAGAAGCGCGACCUCGAGUGGAAGUGCCUGCACCUCGAGCGAAGGGCCGCGGCGCUGGCGGCGCGCCGCCGCAAGCUCGAAAAAGCCCGGAGCGAGGCAGACUCGCGUGUGCGCAAGAGAGGCAAGACAGACGCGGAAGAGUCCGCCGCGAGCCACGAAGAGGGGAAACACAGCUCGGCGAUGACGAGGCUCCCCGCCAUCGACGAGGCGAAGGCGGCGCAGCUUGUCGACCUCCUCUGGGGUCUCACAGUCUGCGGCGUGGCGGCUCGCCCUAUAUUCGGAGAAAUCGUCCGCCAGGGCCUCCUAUGGCGGGCAGCGGCGCUUCUGUCCGCGCGCGACCUCUGUUGUCUGGCGUGUGCGUUCGCCGUUCAGGCAGGCGGGCCUGUGCAGCUGCAGGACGCACUUGACGCGGACGAGGACGGCGGCGACGGCGCGCCAAAGGUGCGACCCCUGGAGGGGGUCCUUGCGGAGUUUGAGGCGACGCCGCGGAGCCGCGCCUCGCGGCUGGUGUCGCCGGGCAACGCGUCUUGUUAUUCGAGAGCGAGGCGAGGAAGCGCGACGUCCUCGCGGUCCCCUUCGCCUGCGCCUAAGCGAGAGGGCGGUCGCCCGCCCGCCGCUUUCUUCGAAAGGAACGUGGCAGAUCGUCUCCAGUUCUACGCAGGCCUCGGCGGCGUCUCGCACGCUCCCCUGCUGCGCACGGGGUCGCGAGGCGUCGAGAGAAGGGACGAGGCCGGCGCGGCGUGUGACUUCGGGGCCGCGGAGGCGACGAGGAGAGAGGCGGAGAAAGCGACCGUUUACUCGGAGCUGCUGCGCGACAGUUGGCUUGGCUCCGUUUGGGAGGCCGCGAGCGUCGAGCGCAACGGCGAGUUUGAGGCCGUCGCUCAGGGCGCCGUGAAAGGCCUGGCGCAGACGGUUUUUGCCAGGCAGCGCGACCGCGAAGAGACAGAGGCCCGGGCGCCCGACAGCAACGCGAGGGCGGGGCGCGGAGACGAGAAGCUCGAUGCGGGCGCGUCUGCGUGCCUCAAAUACGCACUUCGAUGCCUGCGCGUGGCGGAAAUCCUGCGCGCCCUUCCCUGCCGCACGAAUUCGCGCGGCUCCGCCAGCACACAGAACGACGCGUUUACCACGCCGUCGCAGAGACAGUGCGAAGCUGCGACGCCGACUUUGGAUGCGGACCUCCUCGCCUCUCCACGCUCCGCGCGGCGGCUCUCCCCGCGUGAGCCCUGGCCGCCUGGAGCCUUCAAAGAGGCGAGCGAAGCCGAGACAUGCGAGGCCCGAGAGGAAGAAGUCGUGGGGCUGCCCCGGGCACCUAAGGCCAGUCGCCGCGGGACGCCAGGAGACAGCCACUCCACCGAAGGCCGCGGCGUGGCGCCGCCGCGACCGGCGCGGGAGGCCUGGGGGUCGCCGCGCGAGGGCUUGAGGCGGCUGGCCGGGUGCCCAGUGCAGACGCGGGCGGAGAACGAGGCGGGCGCGUGCGAGGCAGCGGCGAGGGAGGAGGAUUUCGGCGACGAGCCUCUGCGUCUCGACGACCUGGAGGUGUCGCUGGCGGCCUCUUCGUCUUUGGCUGUGCGACGAGUCUUUGCUGCGCGCGGAAGCGCACCGGCGGGUUUUCAGCGCGAAGAGCUCGAAGCGUCUUCGCAGCGCGCUUAUCCCGCGAGAGAUCGACCGCAGGAAACCCGCGAAAGGCGAGGCGCCACGCGUGCGCGGAGGCCGUUUCGAGCUGCGAGUGCAAAGUCGGCGCGUGACCCAACCUUUUUUUCUUUCGUUGGCGAUAACGACGUGCCGCUUCUCGAGGCUGCAGAGGGCGGCAGGCGGCGCGGAGGGAGAGGCGCGUGGCGGCCGCGGCGGGCGAGCGGCGACUCCGAGCGAAACGCACUUGGGGCGCAGCGAGACAGGGCAGCGGGGCCGGGCGACGACGAGUUCCCAGAACUCCGUCUUCGCACAGAGGACUCUUACUCCGACGACGAAGAAGAGCAUGAGGAAGGCAUCUUGAAGCCUCUGUUUAUCUUGCUUCUGUCCUGGCUUGUGCGUGGAGGGACGUACGCAGCCUACUUGCUCAUGGGCUACGCGCUAAUUCUCCUAGUCACAACUGGCUGGUGGGUGAAUUCCUCCUCGACCCCAGGCAGACAGGACGACGGCCCUGCCGCGCGGGGGGGAGGGCCUGCACUCGGCUCGAGCGUUUCUUUCCGCACCAAGAAAGGCGGGAUCGGCUACGAGAAGUUUGCUGACUUCUGA